AUGCCAGAAUCACAAGUAGUGCUUGUCAGUGGAGAAGGUGAAAAAUUCACCGUUGAUCGUAAGAUCGCAGAGCGUUCACUACUUCUGAAGAACUAUCUAAACGAUAUGCAUGAUAGUGUUUUAGACGAUAGUGAUGAAGAUGAAGAUGUUGUGAUGCCAAUCCCUAAUGUACGGUCGAGUGUUUUACAAAAAGUUAUCGAAUGGGCGGAACACCAUAGGGAUUCCACUUUCCCCGAUGAAGACGAUGAUGAUUCUCGUAAGAGCGCUCCUAUGGAUUCAUGGGAUCGUGAAUUUCUCAAAGUAGACCAAGAGAUGCUCUACGAAAUCAUCCAAGCUGCCAAUUACUUAAACAUCAAACCUUUGUUAGACGCAGGUUGUAAAGUAGUUGCUGAAAUGAUUAGAGGCCGUUCUGCUGAAGAAAUCCGUAGAACUUUUAACAUUGUUAACGAUUUUACACCUGAGGAAGAAGCUGCCAUCCGUCGUGAAAAUGAAUGGGCUGAAGACAGGUAG